AUGCCGUUUGGAUUGUGCAAUGCUCCAGCAACGUUUGAAAGGUUGAUGGAGCUUGUACUUACCGAGCUAAUUGGAGAUGCCUGUCUGGUCUACUUGGAUGACAUCAUCAUCGUAGGCCGAACGUUUGAGGAACAUCUUAAAAACCUGGAACGCGUGCCCAUGAAGAUCCAGAGUGCCAACCUCAAGUUGAGUCCGAAGAAGUGCUCACUAUUCAAACGGCAAGUUAGCUUUUUGGGGUAUGUUGUGUCGGGAGAAGGUAUCCGCACGGAUUCAGAGAAAAUUGCCGCUGUCAAAGAGUGGCCGGUUCCAAAAGGCAAGACACAGAUAACCGAGGAGAAGCGACAUUUCUGCUGGGAUGAAAGUUGCGAUAUUGCAUUCCAGGAGCUCAAGAACCGUCUAUGCAAAACACCUAUUUUGGGGUACCCUGAUGCGGGCAAGGAAUUCAUAGUUGACACAGAUGCAAGUGAUAUAGGACUUGGCGGUGUAUUGUCUCAACGGAAUGGUGAUCAAGAGAUUGUGAUAGCGUACUUCAGCAAGUCGUUGUCAAAGCCGGAAAGGAACUAUUGUGUCACAAGACGGGAAUUGCUUGCUGUGGUAAAGUCCUUGCAGCAUUUUAGCAAAUAUCUUCUGGAGCAGAAAUUCCACUUACGAACUGACCAUGCUGCCCUGAAAUGGCUAUUGCAGUUCAAAAAUCCGGAAGGACAAGUUGCGAGAUGGAUUGAACUACUGCAGGAAUACGACUUUGUGAUCGUACAACGCAGCGGGAAAUCUCAUGGCAAUGCAGAUGCAAUUGUUAAGAAGACUUUGCCCUGA